CAGUAACCUUAUAGAGUGUAGUCAUUAGGAUGGCAGCGAAAAGAAAGAAUGCUGAGAGGAGUAGUGUGUCAAUUACCGACUUCUUCUCAACGAAUGGAGAGGGCAUUAAGAGAGUGAAGGUUCAGAAAAAGGUUGAGAAGAAAGUAGAGAAAGUAGAGAAAGUAGAGAAGGUAGAGAAUCAAGAGAAUGAAGAGAAUGAAGAGAAUGAAGAGAAGGCACAAGUAGAGGUAGAUGCCAAAGCGAGUGAAGUGAAAGUUAACGAACCUGAAGUUAUAGAAAAUCAGGCGAAAGAAGAAGACUACACUAAAGAAAUUAGAAAUAUACUAAAGAUGGUUGCCAGAUCAAAUCGUCGUAAGACUUCUAUUAAAGAUGAAUCAGAUAGUGAUACUAUAAAGGAAACUGCUCAACAAAGAAGAGAUCGAUUUUUAUUAGAUUGUGAUCCAAAAGUAGCUCGAGCUAAUGAUGUUGAUGAUUCAACUAAAAGAUUUAAAUAUCUUUUAGGUUUAACGCCAUUAUUUCGAUAUUUUAUAGAUCUUAAUGCAUCUAAAGAUGUUCAAUUUAAAAAGAGAAUAAGAGAAAUUGAUAAUAAACUUUCAUUUGUUCAACCAAAGAAGAAGACUCAAAGACGUAGAAAGACUGAAAAGGAAGAAGAUGCAGAAUUAUUAGAAGAUGAAGAACAUAUUGAUGAUGAAGAUCAUCAUACAACAGUUUUAACCGAAUCUCCAACUUAUGUUCAACAAGGAGUACUUCGAGAAUAUCAAAUUCAAGGAUUAAAUUGGUUAAUAUCUUUAUAUGAAAAUAGAUUAAGUGGAAUAUUAGCUGAUGAAAUGGGGUUAGGUAAAACUUUACAAACUAUAUCAUUUCUUGGAUAUUUAAGAUAUAUUAAGAAUAUUGAUGGACCAUUUAUUGUAAUAGUACCUAAAUCAACUUUAGAUAAUUGGAGACGAGAAUUUGCUAAAUGGACUCCAGAAGUUAAUGUUGUUGUACUUCAAGGUAAUAAAGAUGAAAGAAAUAUUCUUAUUCAAGAUCGAUUAUUAACUGCUGAUUUUGAUGUAUUAGUUACAUCAUUUGAAAUGGUUAUACGAGAAAAAUCUCAAUUAAAAAAAUUUAGAUGGGAAUAUGUUGUUGUUGAUGAAGCUCAUAGAAUUAAAAAUGAAGAUAGUUCAUUAUCACAAAUUAUUCGAGUAUUUUAUUCAAAAAAUCGAUUAUUAAUUACGGGAACUCCUUUACAAAAUAAUUUACAUGAACUUUGGGCUUUACUUAAUUUCUUAUUACCUGAUGUAUUUGGAGAUUCAGAAGUAUUUGAUCAAUGGUUUGAAAAUCAGGGUGGAGAUGGAGAUGAUGAUAAAGAAAAAAAUCAAGAUAAAGUAAUUCAACAAUUACAUCAACUUUUAAGUCCAUUUUUAUUAAGAAGAGUUAAAUCAGAUGUUGAAACUUCUUUAUUACCAAAAAUUGAAACAAAUGUUUAUAUUGGUAUGACAGAUAUGCAAAUUCAAUGGUAUAAAAAAUUAUUAGAAAAAGAUAUUGAUGCAGUAAAUGGAGUUGUUGGUAAACGAGAAGGUAAAACUAGAUUAUUAAAUAUUGUAAUGCAAUUAAGAAAAUGUUGUAAUCAUCCUUAUUUAUUUGAUGGAGCAGAACCUGGACCUCCUUAUACAACUGAUGAACAUUUAAUAUUUAAUGCUGGUAAAAUGGUAAUUCUUGAUAAAAUGCUUAAAAAAUUUGAAAAGGAAGGUUCAAGAGUUUUAAUAUUUUCUCAAAUGUCAAGAUUACUUGAUAUUUUAGAAGAUUAUUGUUAUUUUAGAGAAUAUAAAUAUUGUAGAAUUGAUGGUUCAACAUCUCAUGAAGAUAGAAUUGAUGCAAUUGAUCAAUAUAAUGAUCCUGAAUCUGAUAAAUUUAUAUUUUUAUUAACUACAAGAGCUGGAGGUUUAGGAAUUAAUUUAACAAGUGCUGAUAUUGUUAUAUUAUUUGAUUCAGAUUGGAAUCCUCAAGCUGAUUUACAAGCUAUGGAUAGAGCUCAUAGAAUUGGACAAAAGAAACAAGUUAAAGUUUAUAGAUUUGUUACUGAAAAUGCUAUUGAAGAAAAAGUUUUAGAAAGAGCUGCACAAAAAUUAAGAUUAGAUCAAUUAGUUAUUCAACAAGGUAGACAAAUGAAUGCAAAUAAUACUAUUGGAAAUUCAAAAGAUGAUUUAAUUGGAAUGAUUCAACAUGGAGCUAAAAAAGUAUUUGAAUCUCAAACUGGUGAUAAAUCUAUACUUGAUGAUGAUAUUGAUGCAAUUUUACAAAGAGGAUCAGAAAAGACAUUAACAUUAAAUGCAAAAUUUAAUAAAUUAGGAUUAGAUGAUUUACAAAAUUUUACAUCUGAUUCAUCAGCUUAUGAAUGGAAUGGACAAAAUUUUGCUAAAAAGGAAAAUUCUGGUGGAUUAGGAUUUUCAUGGAUUAAUCCAUCAAAGAGAGAAAGAAAAGAACAAACUUAUUCUGUGGAUAAUUAUUAUAAAGAUGUAUUAAAAACUCAACCAGUAUCUAAUUCCAAAGCUGAAAAAUUUAAACCAAAAGCUCCAAAAGUAUAUAAUAUUCAAGAUCAUCAAUUUUUUCCUGAAGGAUUAGCCGAAAUUCUUGAACGAGAACAAUUAGCUUAUAGGAAAGAAAUUGGAUAUAAAUAUACUGUAGCCGAUUUUGGUGAUAGUGAUGAAGAAUUUUUAGCUGAUGAAUUUAAAGAUGAUUUAAGUAGAGAACAAAAGAAAAUAAAAGCUCAAGAAAAAGUUGAUUCAGUUAUACCAUUAACUGAAGAAGAACAAGAAGUUAAAACUCAAUUAUUAGCAGAAAGUUUCCAUGGUUGGACAAGAAGAGAUUUUACAAAUUUUAUUCAUGCAUCAGCGAAAUAUGGUAGAAAUAAUACUGAAAAGAUUUUUAAAGCUUUAGGUAAUAAAUCAUUUGAAGAAGUUGAAAGAUAUAUUAAGAAAUUUUGGGAAAAUUAUACAAAAAUUGAAGGUUAUGAUAAAUAUAUAACACAAAUUGAAAGUAGUGAAAAGAAACUUGAAAAGAUGUUAAAUCAACAAAAAUUAUUAGCCUAUAAAAUGGAGAAUUUAGAAGAUCCAUUAGAAGAUUUAAAAAUUCAGUAUCCUCCAAAUAAUUCUAAACGAGUUUAUUCAAAAGCUGAAGAUAGAUUCUUAUUAAAUUGUGUUCAUAAAUAUGGAUUAUUUACUGAGAAUUUACUUGAAAAGAUUAAAGAAGAAAUUAGUUUAAGUGAUAUAUUUAGAUUUGAUUGGUAUAUGUUAUCUCGAACUCCUCAAGAAAUUGGGAGAAGAAUUAAUACUUUACUUUUAGCUGUUACAAGAGAAUUAGAUGGACCUAAGAAGAGAGGUAGAACAUUAGAUAGUUCAAAUGCUAGUUCUCGUCAUGGAUCAGUUGAACCACAAGCUAGUAGUAUAAUUAAGAAACGAGCUAAAAUAAAUUGAAUUGACGUUAAAAAUAAAACAAGGGGGUAAUACAUACAUUUUAUAGAAUACAUAGCU